AUGGCGGACAAGGUAUUCAGCUACUCCGAUGUUUCGGAACACAACACCAAGAAGGAUCUGUACAUUGUCGUUCACGACAAGGUCUACAACGCCUCGAGCUUUGUAGAUGAGCACCCAGGUGGUGAAGAAGUUUUGCUCGACGUCGGAGGCCAGGACUCUACAGAAGCAUUCGAGGAUGUCGGCCACUCCGACGAGGCUCGCGAGAUUCUCGAGGGUCUGUACGUUGGAAAGCUGGAGCGCAAGGAGGGCGACCCAAAGCCCAAGAGCUACCCACCAGCUGGUGCUACUGCUACUGCUACCGACGGUGCCUCGACUGGCGUCGGUCUUUACGCCAUUAUCCUCCUCGGUGGAGCCCUUGCCUUUGCCGCCUACACUUUCAUGAACAAGCAGUCAACUGAGUAG